GCUCUCGGGACAAUGGGCAUGGGAUUAGACCACGAUUAAUGUUAUUGUAAGAUGAUAGGGCUCGAUGCGAUUAACGCAUCGCUAUCGGGAAAAACGUGGAGAAAUAUCUUCCAAUGGGACAUGCAAGGACAGACCAAGUACAACAGUCCUUGUGUUUGCUUAUAUUGUCUGUCCCGGUGCUCAAAUGGGGGGAGCUUAGAUCAGGCUUUGUUGAGUUAACAAAUCCAAUGGGAUUAAGAGCCAGCAAGCCGAGCAAGCUUGCCGGGCAGCGACGAGCGAAGUGGCUAGAGGGCGCCCGGAUGCCCCCGAGAGGAUAUGUUCCGGUAUGCGUGGGAGUGAAUGACGAUACGAAGCGGUUCAUCGUCCACACCAGAGCUCUCGCGGAUGCUGACUUCGGCCAGCUGCUGCGUAAGUCGGCCGAGGAAUUCGGGUUCCACAGCGAAGGGGUUUUGAGGAUACCGUUUGCAGCCGAUGAUUUUGAAGACUGGGUCGCGAGAGCUUCAAAGAUGAAGAAGAUCUUGAGGGCAAAGCCGGCUUAACCAGGUCGAAGAUUCGCGUUGUCACUGUUUAUCCGUAUCAUAAACCCAUUAGCAUGGGCCAUGUUCAUAGUGAUGCAUACAAAUGGAUGUAUCAUAGCUAAUUAUACAAGAGGAAUGGAGAAGAUUAUGCUGAACUACUCAAAAUUUUUCAUGAGGCUAAUGGUACAGAACAACGGGUCAUAAGCUAUAUC